AUGCCCUUCCUCAACAACCCCCAAACCAAGGAUUUUAUACUUAAAUCCGAAUACUGUCCAACACCAGACGAGACCCCCCUCCAUAUUAAUGCAAAUUAUCCCUCCCAAAUAAUCACCAAGAAAGAUCUCCACGAUCUAACAGAGCGCACCGCCUACGGCCUACGAACUAAUUACGGAAUUGGGGCGAAGGGGCCAAAUAAGGACGUGGUAACUGUCAUUAGCCAUGGCCAACCUUUCGUUCCUGUUGCUUUCUAUGGCACCCUUGCUGCUGGCGGAGUAUACUCCGGGGCCAGCCCGUCGUCGACAGUUGCAGAAUUGUCUCGACAGAUUGCAAUCGCCAAUAGCCGUUUAAUAAUUUGCGGCAAAGAAAUGAAAGAGAUCGCCUUGAAAGCUGCCAAGCAGUGUAAUCUGCCCCCAGAACGAGUGUUGAUGUUGGAGUCGUAUCCAUCCUUCAAGCUCUCUUCUCUCGAAGGUAAUAUCAAUAUAAUUUCAAAUGGAAAAUUGACGUGGCAACGGAUUACGGAUGCCGAAGCUUUGGAGAAGAGCAUUAUCGUGAUCCUAUGGUCAUCCGGUACAACUGGGCUUCCCAAAGGUGUCAUGCUUUCUCAUACGAACUUGGUUUCGGAAACCUACGUAGUCAGUCUCUCCGGGAAAGCCUGGGUAGCCAGGGAAAUAGCAGCAGGCAGAGAAGUUCCUCCAUCUCGCACCCUUGCACAUCUGCCCAUCAGCCAUAUAGCGGGCAUAUUCGGGUAUCUCGUCGUUCCUUUUUCUGUCGGCGGCCUUGUCGUAUGGAUGGGCAAAUACGAGUGGAAAAAUAUGCUUAGAUUUGUGAAACAAUAUCAGAUCACAUCAUUCUACACGAUCCCUUCCAUUUAUCUACAAAUCGCCAAAUCCCCUGAUGUCACUGAUCAUUUCAAGUACGUUGUUAACGCAACCACCGGAGCAGCACCUAUGGAUAGUAACCUGCAGACGGCUGCGAGCAAAAAACUUGGAGGAGGUGGCAGGCAAGUUGUAAUCGGCCAAACCUGGGGCCUGAGCGAGACUACCGGCGCGGUCACAAUGAUGCCGAGAGGAGUGCAUGAUUACACUGGAUGCAUUGGAUAUAUUUUACCCAAUGUCGAACUACGCAUGGUGGAUAGCUCCUUUAAUGACGUCGAACCCGGGCAACCAGGCGAGUUCUUGGUUAGAGGACCAAUGGUAACACAAGGAUAUUACAACAAUCCUCAAGCCACGGAAAAUGCUUUCCACGAUGGUUGGUUCUGCACUGGGGAUAUCGGUAUUCAAAGGAAUGGAAAAUUUUACAUCGUCGACAGGAAGAAGGAGCUCCUGAAAUACAAAGGCCAGCAGAUUGCUCCCGCAGAAAUUGAGGGUGUCCUCAUUAGCCACCCAGACAUUAAGGAUGCUGCUGUCUGUGGUGUUCCCAGUCCAGAAGAUCCAGCCUCCGACUUGCCUCGCGCAUAUGUCGUGGCCGACACCACUCGUGUGAAUGAACAGACGGUUAAGAGCUUCGUCAAAGAUCGGCUAUCGCCAUUCAAGCAGUUGCGCGGGGGCGUGGUGUUUGUAAAUGAGAUACCUAAAAAUGCGGUUGGAAAACUAUUACGGAGAGAGUUGAAGGAGCGGGCGAAAAAGGAGAUGGGGAUGGACAGGAAACAUGUUGUUAGUCAGAAGCUGUGA